CGUUGCCUUGACUCUCCCUCUAAAAUGCAGGGUGACUAAAGCAGUAGACAUGUUCUCGUUAAAAGGGGAGAUUGACGCUCCUAUUCCCGCGACAUCAUCAUCCCACACUAGUGGAGCUCCACGGUGUGCGAUGUGAUGCUCAGUCCUCCACAGUAGCAGCUACAGGAGGCGUGCUUGUCCCUGCCACAGGAGCACAGGAGGUGGACUGGAGCAGAGGCCAGCAGGCUUUUACCGGGCACUUGACACACCGUGAAAGAGAGCGCUUUUUUGGGGGUGCUUUGCCCCCGCCUCCUACUCUCCCGAGCGAUGGCAUCCACGGAUCGAUCAACGGGAGCGCGUUGAGGCUCUGAGUGAUGCAGUCUCUGUUCGGUGGAGGGGAGUUGGGGCUGCUGGGAGGAGGCGGCGACGCAGGGGGCCUUAAAGAGGACGGAUGUGGCAGUGUGGCGUGGCACUCCUCCACCCUGCCCCCGGACGAUGUCUACUCAGCCUCCCACUUUGCCCUUAUCUCCGCCUAUCAGGACAUCAAGACGAGGCUGGGCUGCCUGGAGCGAGAGAACAGCAGUAUCAAGAGGAAGCUCAAGAUCUAUGAGAUCAAGUUCCCUAUGAUCAACGAGUUUGGGGAGAACACUAACUCCUACUGCUCCUUUGAGAGCAAGGAGACGGCGCUGCUGCACUCAGAAAAUGGCAACCUGCAGCAGAGAGUCAACGUCCUGACCCAUGAGCUCCAGAAGAGAAAGGAGAGAGAGGAGCAGCUGGAGGAUGUGAUCCAGGCCUACGAGAAGAUUCACAUGGAGAAGAGUAACCUCCAGAGGGAUCUCGACAAGAUGACCAGCUUGGUGGAGAAGCAUGUCGAGCGUAUCCUGGGCCUGGAGUCAGCUCUGAGGCAGAGGGACAACUCCCUGCAGAAACUCAACAUGCAGCUGCACAGCAAAGACAUGCAGUAUCUGCAGCUGCACGCCGGCCCAGACACACACAUGCUGGACUGUCCAGCCUUGACCCUUCAGAGCUCCCGCAGCCUGGACACCCUGUCCGACCUGAAGCUGCAGCGGUUGGAGGCGGAGCUCGAGGGGGCGCGGCACGAGGCCCAGGGGGCAUGUCAGCGGGAAGAGGAGCUGAAGGGGGAGUGUGAGAGACUGAAGGAGGACAUGAGGAUGCUGCAGAACAGCCAGAGGGAUAGGGAAAUGACUUCUCCGUGCAAGCAGUGUGAUGUGGAGUGGAUAAAGAAGGUGGGAGAUGAGCAGGUGAAUUUGGCUCUGGCCUACACAGAGUUAACCGAGGAGCUGGGACGCCUCCAAGCACUGAGCUCCAAGCAGACGGAGAUCCUGAGGAAAGCCUCACAGGAGCAGGCUAGCCCAGUCCAGCGUCACUCUCCCAUCCACCACCAGCGCCACUCUCCAGUAUCUCAGCGCCAUUCUCCAGUCCCACCUCCUCCACACCACUCCCCAAUCCAACAGAGACGCUCCCCGGUGCUGCAGCGCCUCUCCCCAGACAUGCACCGCCGCUCACCCAUGCUGGACGUCAAUAACGGACCGGCCUCUUACUCUUGCCGGCCACCCAGCCAGCACCUGAGGGCCAGCUUCCAGGGCCGUCGCAGUUACUCCGAGGUUGCCGACCCCUCCGCUUACCAGUGCCCGCCCCGCUUCUCCCUAGACCCUGUCUCCACCCUGCCUAAGCCCCGGCCCUACACUGAGGGCUACCCAAAACAGCAGCCCCAACAUGUGGGCUCUCCUCAUGGUGGACUGCAGCACAGAGGCUCCCCAUCGCCCCAUCAAGGCGGUGCAGGAGGAGACGGGGGCCUAGGGGAGAGCUCCAUGCGCCACUCAAGAGAGAUGCCGUUCCCACUGUCUGAGGUGGCCCACCUGCAUUUUGAGCCCCCUCCUCCAUCCACACAGGCCCCCCAGCCCCCACAGUCCUCUGAAGAUGAGGAGGAGUGGACCUGCCCGCAUCCCAUCAGCCCGCCGCGGACACUGGGCGUGCUCUCUUCUGCAGUGCCCAGUGGCGUCAUGAGAGGCCCAGCGUCGUGCUCAGCUUUCCCCAUCCCUCAGAGGCCUAACACCCUCAGCUGCCACCCGCAGCCGGGGUACAUGUCAGCAGAGCAUGCUCAGUCCUGGCCUUCAAUCAAUCUCUGGAUGGAGACCGAGGAGAGUGACAUGCGGAGCUGCCCUCUCUGCCAGCUGAUAUUCCCUGUUGGUUACCCUGACGAUGCCCUCAUCAAGCACAUUGACUCCCACCUGGAGAACAGCAAGAUCUGAUUGCCAUGGCAACCAGCCCGCACACAUCUGCGCUCUCCUCUUAUAGAUUAUGUAAGAGAUUGGCAGAUGAAGAGGCCAAAUUGAAAGUCAAACGUAGAAUCACAGGCGAUCCGUGAACCAGUUAGCUGUGUGCGAUAAUCUAUGGGUAGGGAUGCAAAAUGGGCGCAGGGGCCUGUUAUAUUUGGGAAGUACUUAAACACAGGUCUGUCUUGGACUUGUGAGUCCACAUGCAGAGCCUUUACAGAUCACCCUUAAGACUGCUCUGCGUGUAUAAUCACUGGCUCUGGUUGCUGCUGUUUUUGUUCUGAGUGUUGUUGUGUGGUUUCAGACAGUUUCAGGUGUUGUGUUGUUUUUCGCUUCACAGUGUAGUACACUUUGAUUUAGCAAAGUAAGCCAAAGACGAGGUAUGAGAGGCAGGCUGGAAGGUUCAGGGGCUCUGCAUGUCAAAAAUUAGUUUCAGUUUUCAUCAGUAAAAUGAUCAGGGAGAUCUGAGGCAUCUUUUUUUAAACAGACUAUUUUCACCACUUAGCUUUAAAUACUGUACACCUGCUUGGACAUUCUCACACACAUACUACAGUAUAUUUUGCAGAGGAUUCUGUGCAGUAAGUGCCAAGGACAGUGGUCUGGUAGAAGCUGGCUUAUUGAAAUGACAGAGUAAAGUCAUAUGGGACAGUGAUUAGUCAUAUGAGUGAAGAGCUUAAGUUUUUGAUCCUGAGGUAAGGAGAGAAUGACACUGUGAAGGAAUUUUGACUUAUUGUCUGUCGAUCAAGGUUCGAUGCCGUUUUGCUUUCACUUCUCUAAAAACAAAGAAGUGUGUUUCUAUGGCAGUUAAGAAAGUAUAAAACAUUCCAGUCUCACAUUUCAUCUACUGACAAACCAACUGACAAGCUGGGGAAUAUGAAUGUGAAAGUAUGUUUGGAUCAGCCUGAAGGCGGUUUUACCCAAACAUAGUUAUGAUGAUGCCCUGCAGGGCGGGGCACUGAUGUUGAUACGUCUUCUCUACGAGUGGAGGGAAAUUUUUUGUCAGAAUAUACCUUUAUGCUUGCGGCCUGAUCAAAAAAAAUCUAAGUAUCUUAGCACUUUAAGUUAGCAUAGCCUAUAUGAUGUAUCUGUUUUCAGUCCCCAUAUAUAUUUUCCAUGUAUAAUUUACUAUUUAUAUUGUCAGUCUGUAAGGCAAAAAAAUAUGAAGAUAUAUUUUUGCAAAUGUUAAUGCACCACAUGUCUCAUGUUGGUGUUUCUCCCAUGUGCUUGCACACUGCUGUAUAUAGAGGAGUCGAAGAUCAAAAUCCCACCGCAUGGGAUACUUUUCUGUACAAAGACUUUAAAUUAUCAACUGGGAUUCUCAUCGGUCUUCCUAAAGAUCUGACCUUCGAAAACAGUUUGAUGUCACGACUGCCCAGACCACCCAACAAAAAACAAAACAAAAAGAGAACACACACACACACACACGCAUGAGAUCAAGACUUGCUGCUUUGAAGAAAAAGUGGCAGGCUUUUUAGUGUACUGUAUUUCUAUCUCGGAGAUCUGAUACCAGAAACAUCAUCUCCAAUCAGCAAAGUUAUCUCUGCAGGGUUUCAGCAAUGACAAUACUCUUCUUUUGAUACAUGGGUUUAAUUUUUAUCAUGAGUGGAAUCUUCACUCCAGAUCUGCUUGUGGGACUUGAACUUCUUUUGAAAAAAAAAAAGAAAAAAACAAACAAAGUUACACUGAUGUCAGCUUAUCUGAGGCUUUCAGUUACAUGUGCAGUUUCUAAUGUAGGGGAUGUCUCUACACACCCACCCGUGCAUUUAAAUUGGUUUGAAUUUACUGAAGAGAUGAAAUGCAUUAUUAGAGCACAUAGGACAGUGAUUGUGGCAGCAGGAUCCUUGCGUCUGCUAACUUCUACCCAACUGAAGUACACUUGAGCAACACACUGAUUCCCUACAAGCUCUGGAGGCUUUGCUCCAGGCUAUGACUUUCCAAUGAAGGUUUAAAGAAAAGAGAAUUUUACAAUGGAGGUCAAGGACUAUCAGAUUAAAGGAUAACUUUGUUGGUUUAUUACCACCUGGACCUUAUUUUAAUAGGUUUGGACACUGCUUCUACUGGUUAUGAUAACAUUGUACUCACCUAGUUAAUUGCUGAGAUCUGGGCAAGCAGCAACAUUGCUAAAAAAGAAGUCAGACGAGUUGCUGAACUGCUGUUGCUGACAAGCUAACUGUUAGCGGGCCGGGCUAGCACUAGUCAGUCACAAUAGCUCUCCGAGCUUCUCUCUUUUUUCUCCAUACGUUGCUGUUCACUCCCUCCUGGCAUUUUGUUCCCUAUUGGACACCAUUUUGUUUAAUAAAAAGUUAUUGAAGUAGGAAAAUAAAUCUCUCAUUAGCAAGCUUGUUAGCCUAUUAGCUUAGUUCUGUCACUAACAGGACAAUAAGUUUUAAAAGACAUAUAUAUUUGUACAGUUGGCUCCUGUCUCAUAAUUGUCUGCAAACCACUGCCAUUUUGUAGAGCAGAGAGUUAAAUAAAUUCCUCCAUUUUGGAUUUUCUUUCACACUUUUUUUUUUAAGUUUCUUUUCUUUUCUUUCUUCUGAGGGGGUGGCAGCACCACCUCUGCUAACUAAUUCCUCGGGGAAACCCUGAAAACUAUUCUGAAUUUCACAAGAAAAAAGGUGACAUUCAAAGUACUUUGAAAAGUAUACAUAUUUAAAUGUAGCAUAAUUUAUAUUUUCUAAUGCCCUACCCCUUUAAUUCAAUUAACUUGGUGAUUACAAUGUUAUUAUAACUGAUAGAACCAAGUUGAAAUAAACUGCAACUAUCCUUUAAAGAACUGCAUCCUGAGGUGUACAAAAAAAACUUCAAGGCAGUACGGAGAUACUUGACCAUUAAAACGAAGAGGGCUUUAAUGACUCCCAAUUAUUCUAUACUGUAUGUAUGUUCCUAUAUCACUCUAUGUAAAAAAUAUUUAAAGUUGUGUACAGACAGGUAUUUUGCAAGUGUGUAAGGCUAAUGCAACAUGUACUCUAUUAUUCAACAACUUCAAAUUGGAGUGUCUGUAAAUCAGUAUAUAUAUAAUCCUAGCCACCACCACCACACUGAGUAUGAAUUAUAUGCGAGUUAUAUACAAGUACUACCCUAAAUCCUUCCUCUUUUACUCACUAUGUAGUGGUAUGUCCUCUAGUUAACUAAUAUCCAACUACAGUCGCAGCCUGUUUUAAGCUGCAGGAUGUGUCACAGUGAGCACUUUCAGGUUUUGUCACAUAUGACAUCAAAUGAUCUAAAAUGACUGUAUGACCACAAGUACACUGCGUUUAAAGAAUGAAUGUUUGUCUGAAGGUUUUAGUCAUUAUAAAGAAAUAAUAAGUCUCUGAUACAUAUUUUUCUAGUCUGAUUUAUCAUGCAGCAAAGAAAGAAAGAAGCACAACAAUAAAAAUGUGCAUAGUUGUCUGUUUACUGAUGAUGAUGUAAUGUUGCAUCGUAAACUAUUCAAGUCAGCAUGAGAAACUGCAUUUGGAAACUUUAAGUUAAGUUAUAACUGCAAUUUGAUUCUGACUGCAGCUGAGGUACUUUUUUUGUAGCGGAAAUGUUUAAGCGCAGCGGUUAAAGAUUUCACAAACAGUAUGUACCCACAAUCACAGGACCUACCUUGGCUCAUAACCAAACAAAUGAUUUCCUGCAUUUUGAUAAACAGAGGACAUGUUAUAGGGUUUCUUGUUCAUGUCAGUGUGUGGGAAGAUGCUGCAUUGUGGUUAAUGGUGCUGGGAUGUUGUUAGCAACCACAACCUGUUGGCCAGCAGCAGCAAUGUAAAGUGACCAUGUCCUAUAUGAGCUCACAAUGUGACAAACUCAUUCACACACACAUUUUAAUCGCUAGUUCAGGUUUAAGAUUUUCCUCAGUUUUUGUGUCCACCGACUGUCAAGAUAUAGAAAGUCAAAUUCAAAAUCUGAAAUCAUCUCAUCUGUUUUUCUUUCUUUUUUUUGUGUCCUAACAGCAAACUGACUCCUUGGUUUACGCAGGAGAUUAACAGAGAGACAAAUCCAGCAGUGGAGAGAUCAGAUCUGUCAACAUUAGAUUAAAAUUAAAUAUUUCUUUAUCAUGAAAUUUCCCUCAAAAUUUCCCUCAGAUUUACUCAGGAGUCAAAUGGCUAGGUCCAACAAAGAGUAACAGUUUUAAAAAAGUCAGAUUUUUCAUUCUUGCAUAGCUCCACUCUCCUAUAAGUAACUAUGUGAGUCAGGUUGUUCUCCUGGGUAACAUUAAGCGCACAUGGCGACCUCAGCACUAAUGAACUCUCCACAACACUAAUGAGAAGUAAUGUCUACUCUACAGCAUUUGUGUGGUGGAACAACACUGCUGGCAUUCAAGGACUUUACAAGUGUGAUAAACAAAAGGAAAGCAACAACAGAGGUCUAUAAAGAGUCACUUUUUCUUUCUCUCUCUGUCUGUAAAUAUCCCUAUAAAUAAACUGGAACUUGCACUGAAA